CACUUUCUUCUAUUCUCUUUGAUUUAGAAUUAAAGAAUUUCAUGGUGUUGUGGGUGACACAUAUACGUAGAAAAAUUUAGUGUAAGAAAACACAUUGGCACCAACUGCUGGGAAAUGGAAUCAAUGGAAUAUGAGCUCGCUAGAAAUCUCACUCUGUUGUUCUUCGUGGAGCGCCUGCUCGAUAAAGGCGAGCCGAGAACGUUGCACGAUCUUUCCUGUCAGUUUGGUGCCAAAGGAUUCACUAAGGAGAUGCGUCAAAUAGCUGGUGGGUCACAGUCGGGCCUGAAAAAGUUCUUGGCUCAAUACCCCGCGUUGUUCAGCAUAGACGGGGACUAUGUUGAUAUCAACACGUUUCAGAGGUGCCCAACCGGUGCUGGCGCGUCGUCAAACAAUGACUACAUCGAGGAAGCGAAAGAGUACUUCGCGGGCAAAAUGGUGCAAUAUGGAGAAGGAACCGAGGUACCGAUAAAAAGCCUUCUAGGUCACCGCAGUCAGGCCUCGCCACAGGUCCGCCACAUCUCCGGCCAGCGCAUCAAAGAGUUUAAGGAGUUUCUUAUGAAGCACCCCGAUACAUUUCAAAUUAUCGAAGAUAACGUUGUUCUAGUCAGUGAUAAUCAUAGGCGCGAUAAUGCACAUAGUAAUUCAGAGCAAUUCCACAAUUUACCCGUUGCUAAUAUAAACACAGAUACAGCGCAACAACUUUUGGACUAUGUUGCUCAAUGUAUUGAGGCCAAGGGCCCUGUGAUGGUCGACCAGCUCUUCCAUUUAAUUGUGUCAAGAUUUCCACAAGAAUACUGGUAUCAAAUGUUCAAAACGCCAGCUGAUUUAAGUGCCUUUUUAAAACUGUUUUCUGAUAGCUUCCAUGUACAAUCUAAUCUUGUUACACUUAUAAGCAAACCAAAAAUACCUGUUAUGUAUCUAAACACAAAAUCAAAAACCAAGACUGAAGCACCAAAGCCUUCCGAAGAAAAAGAAAAACCUUCUUCACCUGUGCCUCCAAUAGUCGCCAGUCCCACUCCUUCUGAUGGAAAAAAGAGUCCAGCUAACAGAAUACUCAGCCCAAUUGAAUCUCCCCGAGUCACACAAGCCAAUAUUGCUAAUCAAACUUUAAAACAAAGAAUAAAUUCUAUAGUAAUCAAAAAUCUGGCUGAAAACAUGGUCAGAGAUAGGGUUAAUAAUCAUUUAAAUCGUUGCUCUGAAGAGAUGAAUGGAACUACCGUCAGAAACAACAUGAUGGGCGAGCCUUGGAGGCAAAAGGUGCUCCAAAGCGCUACUGUAAUUGCAAGUGCUAGAGAGAGUGCUACUUUGAUAGACAGUAUUAUGAAUCCCAAACGCACUACGAAAAGUAUUGUUUCAUUUGAUUGUGAGGGAAUAAACUUGGGGCUUAAAGGUGUCCUGACUUUAUGCCAAAUUGCUACAAUGAAUGGGGAAGUUUACAUACUUGAUAUCAUGGCAUGUCCUUCUAUGGUGGUUGAAGGAAAAAUUAAAGACUUGCUUGAGAGCGAGAGUGUUAUUAAAAUUAUACACGACUGCAGAAAUGACUCAGUCAAUUUGUACAAUCAAUUUGAAAUCACCUUGAAGAAUGUUUUUGAUACGCAAGCGGCUCAUGCAGUGCUCCAAUUACAGUCUCAAAGCGUUCCAGUUUAUAAAGUGAAGAAUUUAAGUCUCAACGCCCUCUGUGAAUUAUACAAUGCACCAAUGAAUCCAAUGAAGGAACAAUUAAAGAAUGUGUACCGCAGGGACCAAAGGUAUUGGGCACGAAGACCUCUCACAAAGGACAUGAUUAUUUAUGCAGCGUCUGACGUUCUGUCUUUAGUGAACCCAGCCAUAUAUGCGUUUAUGUCAAGCAAUAUAAAACCUGAAAACCAGCAGUUAUUUGAAGAACUAAGCAAUGAGCAAGUGUUCAUGCAUAUACAGCCAACAGAGGUGAAACUACGUAAGAGGCAGAGAAAAAUAAAUACGGAGGUUGGUGAACUUAAACAGAAAUUAGCUGAAACAACUAAAAAUAUAGUAUUAAGCAACAGGGAGAUACGCCUGCUUAGAUACUUAGAACUAACAGAAGAGGAGAAGGAAAAACUGAAAGGUUGUCACAAAAUUUCUAAAAAGCUGGAAAAACUAGAAGCUAUUGGACAGGACAAGGACAGUGAUUCCGAUGAUGAUGAUAAAGAAAACGAAAUGGCAAGUUUGGAAUCUAACCCCUCAGAUUCAAUUUCAUCCCCCCAUUCCACCCAGCCCCCAAGUCUAACAGAGUCUAUGCAAAUGAUGGACGAAAUAUUGUCAGACACGAAUAUGGACAAAGUGGAGAAAAUCAACCGCCUAGAAGCAAUCCUCUCGGCAGUCGCACCUCUAAGUGGCGAAUUGGAAGACAAGUUUUCGCAAACAAUGGAACAGACAUUGCCUCUGCUCAAAAACAAGGACUGGUCAAAUCUGAGCCAAAUUCUGAACAUAGGUGACAGCGAUGCGAAGAAUUGUUGCUGCAAAUGUCAUAAUUCAGGUGAUACAAAAUGCAAUGAUCUCAUUGAAGCCCAAAAAUCCGAGGUCGGUUCACAGACGCUCAGCACGGGAGACAUCGUCAUUACCAGAAUUCACUUCAGAGAAGAGGACAAACUGAACGAGAGGAUGCUGGAUGCCACGCCUUUCAGCAAGAGGGUGGGUAUAAAUAAUAUGUCUUGAUCCUCAAACAACCCUUCAGUUACUAUGUAAGUGCCACUGUUUCAUUUUCGAUACUCCCUCUAUGUGAUCGAUUCAUUUAUACGUAGUUUUUAAGUUAUGGCCGUUAUAUCGGAUAUAAUUGCGUACUAGUUUAACGGGGAUACGGUGUAUUUGUUCAAGAUUGAAUAAAUUAAACAUUGAUGAGAGAAUGGCCGCCUACACUAUGGCCGUGUUCAUUUAAGCGAAUACAUGCGUGUACACUCGAAUAAAUACAACGGUUACGCGCAUAAAAUCGCCACUUAAUUUCUUCAUUUGAAACCAUCAGUAGUUGCUGGUGUUUCUGCAUAGUUUAAUAUUUAUAUUAUUGCCUAGUUAGCAAUCCGAACUUGUAUGUGAUAGAAUUUGGCCUUGAGUUUUUUCUCGAUCUGUUUUGAAUUGUAAAUAAGAUAACUAAGAUAUGAUUUAGAGUAAAAUGGAAUCAUAUCGCCUUAGAACAUUUCAUCGGCUGAAGAUAUAUUGUGUAUAUUAUUUAUUUUUAUCACUUUUAGACUCGUUCUCGCUACGAUAUCAAGAUGGCAAUAAUAGAUAUACAAUAAGAAUUUUUAUUGUUCAAAUAUUUAACUAAAUAAUAUUAAGUUAUAUUUUAGAUGUAAGAGAAAUAGUGUGAUGUGGUGCUUGGAAAACUAAAAAAAUCAUGUAUUCAAGUUUUUUUUUUAUAUACUAUAUUAUAGAAAUCGAAAGAGUCGUACUGUUUUUAAAACUAUUUGUGCCUUUACAUCAUAUCCAAUAAUUUAUAUUAGAAAGUUUUAGCUUAGAAACAUAGAUUUAGCACGUAUAGUGAUUUAUAAUGCAGUUUACCACGACCACUAUAUUGUAUUUACUUGUUAUAAUGAAAAAUAAAUACAUCGAGAGUAGUUCUAAGCGUGUUGAAUUCUUUCGAAUAGUUUAUUUUUGUGUUACACAAAGUAAAAUUAGUGAUAUUUUGUAAUACGCUUUAUUUACUCGUGUUUGCUUGUAUUUAUUCGCCUGCCUAGUUUAACGCAUCAGUAUUCUGAUUGAUUUCCUUCCAUUUUAAGCCUGCAGUAUUUUUUAUUUUUACAGUUGUUUACACAUGUUUCGGCAAUCAUUUCAAUUUGUGCCUUAAAUCGCCUUAUUAGUGCGCACGCUAGUAGACUACGCGAAAUAUCAAAAUUUCAAAAGUGCCACUAGAAAAUAAUUUUAAAAUAAGUAGCAUUUUGUUAGUCAUUGUAAGUUUACUUACCCUUUUUAAUAAAAUCUUUAACUGUUAACGUAGAAAAGUUUAUAUAAGAAGUUUUUAACUCUUAAAAUGUGACUGCACAUUGUUUAUGUUUAUUACGAAUAAAAGUUUUGAAAAA